AUGCUGUCACGAACCGUACGCUGCUACUCGAAAGGAAGCACUGGCCUCAGAGCGAUCCUUAACAAAGAGCUUGAGGGGAUCAAGGCGGCUGGCACUUACAAAAACGAAAGAGUGAUUGUUGGACCGCAGGGAGUCACCGUGAAGGUACAAGGUCAAGAGAAAGCGGUUAUCAACUUCUGCGCUAAUAACUAUCUCGGACUUAGUAGCCAUCCAGAGGUGAUCAAAGCUGGGCAGCAAGCACUGGCCAGUCAUGGAGCUGGACUAUCAUCCGUUCGAUUUAUCUGUGGUACUCAGGAUUUGCACAAAGAGUUGGAGUCUAAGAUUGCUAAAUUCCACGGCAUGGAGGAUGCAAUUUUGUAUGCAGCCUGUUUCGAUGCUAACGGUGGCAUUUUCGAGCAAUUAACAAAUGCUGACGACAUCAUUAUCUCUGACGAACUCAAUCACGCCUCCAUUAUCGACGGAAUCAGACUGAGCAAGGCAAAGAAACUACGCUUUAAGCACAUGGACAUUGCAGACUUGGAGACGAAAUUAAAGGAGAAUCAAGAUGCUCGCCAGCGUGUAAUUGUCACUGACGGGGUGUUUUCCAUGGAUGGCGAUGUUGCACCGUUGAAGGAGAUUUGUGAUCUAGCUGAGAAGUACAAUGCUAUUGUAUUUGUGGAUGAUUGUCACGCUAGCGGAUUUUUCGGUCCAACCGGAAGAGGAACAGAAGAGUCUCUAGGAAUGUCCGGACGAGUCGACAUUGUCAAUUCGACACUAGGUAAAGCACUCGGAGGAUCAAUGGGAGGAUAUACUACUGGACCGAAACCAUUAAUUGACCUUCUACGACAGCGAUCCAGACCAUACCUCUUCUCAAAUUCAUUGGCACCCAGUAUUGUUGGAGGAGCUAUUAAAGUUUUUGAUCUUCUUAUGAAUGAUCCGUCCUUUAUCGGCUCAUUGAAGGCUAACGUGCAACGAUUCAGGACCAAUAUGACUGAUUUGGGAUUCAAGGUGUUAGGAAAUGACAGCACACAUCCAAUUUGUCCCGUUCUCCUCGGCGAUGCUAGGCUUGCAUCGGAGAUGGCAGAUGCUUUGUUGAAGAAGGGCAUCUACGUCAUUGGCUUUAGCUAUCCUGUUGUGCCGACGGGAAAAGCUCGCAUUAGGGUUCAGAUUUCUGCAGCGCACAGUACCGAGCAAAUCGACUUCGCCGUUGACGCGUUCAAGGAAGUUGGGAAGAAACUUGGAGUUAUUUAA